UGCCAGUGUUCAGUAUCUCCAGCCAAACAACUUCACAGGGAGUGAGCUAAGCUUUUCCUGGGCCUUGAUAAUGACUCUGUUCCAUUGCACAUUGGACGAAGGCGUCUUCUCUGUAUAGAGUAGUUUUGCAAAUAGCCCUAGCUUGCGCUUGGUCUGAACAUUAAAAAGCGUCACUUGCGGUAUGGUUUUGGAAGCAUAAUGAUCUCGUCGAUUUAUAUAUUUUUUAGCACUCCUUUGCGGGGUUAGUGCUCCCACACGGCCAUUUAACCAUGUUACAGCGCGUGUUUACGGAAAACAGUCGACUACCUGCGCUAAUUAGCUAUCUGAAUCUCACCUGUGUGUAAAUAGAAGAUGGACGCCACAAACGUGUGUCACUGAAAAAUACUAUCAGCUGCAACUGUGUUUAAAAAAUACGGUUAAAACAGUGUACAGGUCUGUCUGUACUCUGAUCCGCCCUGAGGGCAAUGAGGCCGUGACUGCCCUUCUCUAGCAGCCAUGACAGAGCUGGAGAUUGAUCAGUCCCACCUGCCACGGGUCCAGGAAGUGUGCCAUGUUUUUGCUGUCCUGGAGGAUGGAGCAUUGGCACAAAACCUACAGGAACAGGAAAUUGAGCAGUACUACACCACCAACAUCCAGAAGAACCAGCUGGUGCAGAAUGACAUCCGCAUCGCCAAGAGGCUGCAGGAUGAGGAGGAGGAACAGAGAGCUCAGCACAGAGCCCUGAGCCAGGCGUCUAGACAACUUGAGGAACAGGAUUCGAAGUAUGCCCGGAUGAUCCAGGAGGAGAUCCAGAGAUGUGCUGAUGAGGCUCACAGGAGGGAGCAGGAGGAUGAGGAAAUGGCUAAACACAUCCAGGAAGAGGAGGAGCUGAGGGUCAGACAGAGGAGCAGUGGGCAGGAAAGCCUCCGUGAUGACGGUACCAACGUCCGUGGCUCACCCUCGUCAUGCCCACGCCUGCCUGCUCUCAGCACCAGCCCUAACCAGGGAGAAGGGCUGCACCAUCAGCCUGCUACCAGCAGGUGGCAAUGUUCCAUCUCUAACACACAGCCACAGUCACACUCUACUGCUGAGCCUCUGUAUGAGACCCACAAGUCAGCAGGACAGAAUAACAGAACACAAUCAUCACAUAAUGGACACUUUAAUCUGCCUAGACUCAUCAGAAACUACCUCCAAUGCCCUCCACCAGACUAUUUGAGUGAUGAAGGCUCAGAGGACGCAGACACUGUUUUCCCUGAACACCUCCCUCCAUCCCAGCCCUGUAGACUGGAGAAAUGGCUCAAUACUGCCCCUAGUCGUUGCCAGGCUCCUGUGUACCAUCUACCGGAGAGGAGUUACAGGAGUCUCGGCAGUCCCAUCAGCUCCAGAGAAGAGCGCAGCAGGAUGUGGGAGAGGGGAAGUGGAACAAGGGAGGAAAGGCAUAGGGGGAGUUGUCAGGACAGGGAUAGGGGGGUUAAGGAAAAGAGGGCUAGGAUUUGGGAUAAGAAUCCCAGGGCAAAGCAUGACCGGGGUUAUGACAGGGACCCCAGGUCAGAGGAGGGGAGAAGGUGGCGCUACAUCAGUAGUACUAAUGACUCUGCCAGAGGGCUGCAGGAUAGAGACCGAGACGGGGUUAGGAGGAGGUGGACCUACAGAAAAACCAGCGACAACAAACAAGUCCACUUCCAGGACAAUGCCAGCAAGCAUUGUUAUAGUUACCAUGACGACGGCAGGCUCGCAGUGAAUGUAUGGGACCUGAUUGCCCAUGACUUAAGAGAGAGGGGUGUGGCUGUGAGGCAGAGCUUCCACGGGGGGUCAAGGUCACGGGGGGUCAGAGGUGAGGUCAGAGACUGCCAAGUGCAUGAUGGGGAAAAUGCCGUUGCCCACAGUGACUCUCAACAUCAACAGAGAGCUUUUCUAAGAGCUGUCCCCACCAGGCGUAGUUACCAUGGAGAUGUUGGGGAAAGAAAGAGAGCCUCACAAAGCGAAGGCUACAGUAACCAAGGCCAUGGAGCAGAGGGAGAAAGAAUCCUUGAAAACAUGACCAUAGUGGAGGAUAGUGGGACUGAGGUCAAUGUUGAACACAGCAGAGGGGGGAGGAGGAGUAGUGGAGACCCUAGGAACAGGGUCAGCUCAGGUGGGGACCAGGAGAGGGAUGGCAGGGAUGAUGGGCACCACCAUAGUGAGCGCAGGGUGAGGAGUGCAAGUGAUUGCCAGCAUGGGUAUAAGCAGGAGGAGCAGAACAGCUCAGAGGAGGAGGAAGAGAGGAGGGAGGAGAGACCCCUGCGGAGAGCCCACCAUUUCAGCCAAAGCUUCUGCAGCAGAGGGGCCUCCAUCAGGGCCAGUUCUAGGCACACCUCCAAAGCAGAAGCCGCGCUGCAGCCAGAGGAGGGGGUGUGUCUGGACCUGGGGGAACUGCAACAGGUGUUGCUGGAUGAGGAGCUGGCCAGGAGGCUGCAAAAGGAGGAGGAGAAACUGUUGACUAGGAGCCCUCCAGCCCGUUCUUCCCUCUCUCAACAUGACUCCUACCCAGAGGGAGACUUCAGAGUUGCGCAAGUGGCUCAGGAUGAGGAAAUCGCCCGCUUCAUGCAGAAACAGGAAAUACAGUCGAAUCGCCAGUCACGUGACCUUAAUGGCCCGGGAUCACGACAUGAACAGCAUGACCUGGCUGACCCCCACAACAGGAGAACUGUCAGAGAGAGACCGAUUCAGCGGGAGAGACUGGACUCCGAGGGCCUCCCAUCUCCUACUGAGGAGUGUUCUCCAGACUAUCAGGCCCCUAGCCCCACCUCAACACUAUCACAACAGCCAAUCAGAAACAUUGCAGAGGAACUGGACCCAACUUUCAAGACCAAGAGACCAGGCAAGGAGAGCAUCAGAGUGGGACAGACCAUUUCUGGCCCAUCCUCCUGUCAGUCUCAUCCAAUCCCCCACUUACAUGACUUCAUGGAGGAGCCUACGUUCAUCCCGCCCACGAAGAGGCAAAGCGCCAAAUCAGGACGCGCCAAAUCCAAAGAGAAGAAGGAGAACUGUAAGCAGCAGUGAUGUCACAGUUAGAGAUACUGGGCCUGGGUGUACAGGGAACAACCCCUCACCCCGCCCCAUAUCCAUUUACACCCCCCCCCCCCCCCCCCCACUACUUAACCUGGUCCGAGAGGACUAUCUCCAGAUACUUGUAUUAUUAUUUAGUUGUCCCAACUAGCACUUUAACCAGUUAAAUACAAUUGGAGAUUUUGUUUUUGUUUAAAUUACUGGUGUAGAUAAGACAACAAUUUGGGUUCAUAUAACCUAAUAUAAUUAACAAAGUGAAGAAUUAUAGUUGACCUGCCAAUUAUUCUCUCUGUCUUCUGUGUUGAUGAGAGAAGGUUAAUAUCAAUCACUAUGUUUGAUUGAUACUUUUAUUUGUUUUAUUAUUUAGUAUUAUUAAAGGGAUACUUCAGGAUUUUGGCAGUGAGGCCCUUUAUCUACUUCCCCAGAGUCAGAUGAACUCUGAUACCAUGUUUGUGUUUGUCCCGUAUGAAAGAAGUUAGAGGUAAAUAUGUGAGCCAAUGCUAACUAACGGCAGCGCAAUUACUAGGCGUCUAUGGGUAUCUACUAGCAUGUUACCCAUAGACUUCCAGUCAUUGUGCUAACGCUAGUUAGCAUUGGCUCACAAAUUUACCUCUAACGUUCAUACUGGACACUGAGACACAAACAUGGUAUCCGAGUUCAUCUGGCUCUGGCGAAGUAAAUAGAGAGCCUCACUGCCAAAAUCCUGAAGUAUCCCUUUAAUGGGGAGAUCUAAGUAACAUUUCAAUUCAAACAGCUGUAACCAUAUCUGACAGGGAUUGCAUCCAAUCCCUCUUGUCAAUAUCUGAAAAAUACCUGAGGAGCUCUCUAUCAAUACUAUAUCAUUACUAUCAUGUCAUUCACACCCUGCUAAAGUGACAAGUUUCCCAAUUACUGGGAAAUAGACUUGUCACUUUAUGCUAAUACUGUGUUUCCCCAGUAAGCCAAGUCUAUGGUAGGAUAUUGAGUCAUAUGUUUAAUCCCUGGGAUCCCCAUGCUGUACAUACUGUACUGUAGCUAUCCUACAGCUAAUGCUACAUCUUUAGUGUAUGACGAGGACACUGCAAACCCAGUCAACAAAGCAUACUGCUAAACCUUCUACUAGCAACCUUAACUGGACAUUGAUUGGUUAUGUAAGUUCAACUACUAAAAUACAUCCUCAAUGUUGUUUUCCCACCAACUCUCUGCUUCCCAUCCUUUUGCAGCACUCAUUCGAGUGCAUUCAACAGACAAUCAUCGCUCUGUACUGUACAUUUCCCUUCCUUUUAUUUAAACAGUAUUUGUUUUGCACACAUCAUACAGUAACUGCACAUUAGACAGGCACUGCUGGGCUUGUAGUUUGCUACAACUUAUCUUUAUUGCAUGAUUUUUGUUUAUGCACACAAUUGUUGUUUACUUAUAUUUUGUGACCUAUUAUUGCCAGUUAUUUUUUAUGGAACAGUUGAUUCAAACGAUCACAUUUAUUUUGUAUUGAUAAAUAGUUUUAGUUUUGUGUUUAUAGUGUCUUAUGAACACAAUCUGCUUCAUUGCUUAAAUGUAAUCUUGUACAAUACUUUUAUUUUAACAUUAUGGUCCAAAUAUUUUUUGCCUGUUUGAGCAUGAACAUUAUUCAUUCUGUUCUUCUAUUUAAGUAGAAAUGUUCAUAUUACUAUUGAGACACAUAUAUUAUAUACACACACUGGCAUUAGUGCUCUCGUAGGUUUCUGAGAAGUUUUUCUGAAUAAAAUGAACAGCCAUGAAACCUCA